ACUGCCUGUUGAUUCACAGUGCUCGUCAGUAAUGAACGCGUCAUAUGGAGAACCGGAUCGCAGACACGCGCGUAGAGUGUUAGUUCCUAAGUUCAACGGAUAUUGUAGUCAUUUUUCUUGCUUAUCUGUAGAUUAGUGUUAGUUUCUCGCUUUAAUGUCAACGUGGAAAGAAGCUGUAACUUUGAUAACUUGUUCAACAACACGUUCCUGCAUUAAAAAACACUGAAGCGCGAAAGACUGACUGGAGACACGAAGGAGUGAGAGAAGUGAUUAACGCAAAGGCCGAACGCUCGAGUUCAGGGUGCACAUGCUGAAGAGAGGAGGAUCAGUAUAUGCGGAGAUACAAGCGACACUAUGAGGCCGUGGAUGAACAAGUCGCUUAGCUUUGGAGUCUUGGGGCUCUUUCUGGUUGCCCUUGGCAAUUCCCUGUGCUUCCUAUGGCCGACGGUUUUCCAUCAGAUUCUUCAAAAAGAAUUGGCCCUCUCACCGACUUCCAGGAGUUUCGAAGUAUGGAAAGACACCACCCACUUACCACCGAUGUUUCUAAAAAUAUACAUGUUCAACUGGACCAAUCCGGAGGAACUGAACGAAAAGAAACCUCACUUCAAUCAACUUGGACCUUAUUCUUUUAGGGAAAUAAGGCAAAAGGAUAACAUCAAGUUCCAUCAUGAGAACAGCACUGUCAGCUAUACGCAACGACGGUUAUGGUACUUCGAUGCUAGUGAGAGCAAUGGAAGUCUCAGCGACAUCAUUACCAAUUUGGACAGCGUCGCUCUGUCAGGAGUGCACAAAAUUCGAUAUUGGGAUCCCGACUGGCAAAAAUCACUAUCUUUUCUCUUGAGUAGUACCAACCGACGAUAUUACACUAGCAAAACAGUAGACGAACUGCUGUUUACAGGUUACACCGACAGUUUGCUGACUAUGGGCAAAGUUAUGCCUAUGGAGGACGUUCCGUCUUUCGACCGAUUUGGCUGGUUCUACAUGAGAAAUGGUAGCACCGAGUUGGACGGGUACUUGAAUAUGGAAACGGGCGAGCAUGACAUUAGCCAGUUGGGAAUGAUGAGAAAAUGGAACUAUAGAGAUACAGUGAAAUUCUUCAAGAGUCCUUGCAAUGUUAUCGAAGGCAGCGCGGGUGAAUUUUGGCCACCCGGUAGAACGAAAGAUGAGAUCACCUUGUUCAGCGCAGAACUAUGUCGGUCGUUAAUCUACGAAUACGAGGGAACGGUAUCUCAUUUCGGCCUCGAGGGCUAUCGAUAUGUCCUCGACAGGAAGACUCUCGGCAACGAUACGAGACGACGUUACCCACAUGAGCAAGCGAAAUAUUUUGAGCCAACCACGACAACCGAGGACUUCUUCUCGGCCGCGCAUCUACCCGAGACUGGAUUUACGACUACCGAAAGCGCCUCCGAACGGAAUUCGAAUGAGUAUUCGGACGACGAUCCCGAUAUCAUUAACAUGGGCCAUUGCUACUGCAGCGGCGAGUGCACGCCGUCGGGUCUAAUAAACGUGAGCGCGUGCCGUUACGGUGCGCCGGCCUUCAUCAGUCUACCUCAUUUUCACAAGGGUGAUCCUGUGCUCCUUGACCAAGUCGACGGACUGGCACCCAAUGACAAGGAUCACAGCUUCUCCAUCACCCUCGAACCCAUGACGGGACUUCCUGUAAAUGUAGUGGCUAGACUUCAAAUCAAUCUUCUAUUGCAGCCAUCGGAGACAGUGACACUUUACCACAAUGUGCCCAAGAUAUACAUGCCGAUGUUUUGGUUCGAGCUGCAGGUGCAAGUUAGCGAGGAGAUGGCUUCCAAUUUAAGCAAAUUGCUAGCAUUGCCAAUCGUGAUGCUAAGUGUCGGAAUAAUUAUGAUAAUCAUUGGAUUAGGUUUAAUUGGUGUUGUAGCGUUUCUGUAUCUCAAGAAGAAACGACGUGUGCCCCAGACGGAAACCGCGCCAGAAAAAGCAGUCGACGAAUCGCCUGAUAAGAAAACGGAAAUGGUGUAUAUGGAUAAAACGGGCACCAAUGAGGACCCCAACAUCAGAGGCGAUCGUCGUUUGUACUCGAAACUCUACUGAAUAUAGUGAACCUCUACUCUCUGCAGGGAGAGCUUCGUCUCAAAUGAAACAUCAGCAUGGGAAAAAUGUGCAAUUGAAGGGUAAUUUUGUCACAAAAAAGAUUACUAGGACGUUUGUAAAGUAAAUUUUUCUGUCUCAGCUCCGCUACAACAAAUGGGGAUUUGAUUGUUAGUGGGAUGUAAGAAAUAUGCACGUCGACAGAAUUAUUUUAUGUGUGCAUGGUUGUAGGUAGAUCCACGUCGAGUUUUUGUAUGUGCACACGUAUAUAUGUUAAUAUAUUAUAUAUAAUCCGCAAAAAAUCAUAAGUAUCUGCAGAAAACGCAGGAACCAAUAAUGGAAGCAAGGGUAAUUACGAUAAUCACUGUAUAUUAUCUUGCUUGUACAUACGGACCAACAUUCGCAAACGGGUCUUUCUCGUGUAAACGUGUUGAUAACGUUUACAUAAAAGAACUUGAACCAAUAUUCCUAAUUCAAGAAAAAUAGAUUCCUAAUACACGUACAAAUAAUAUAUAAUUUUGUUACUACGUCUCCAUCUUGAUUGAGAUAUAAAUCUUUUAGACAUAAAUGUCCAAUAGAUAAAACGUCAUACCCGAUAUCUAGAACAAUUCUUCGUGCGAAAAGGGAGAGAUUACGUAUCAUAUAAAUUGUGUAUUUUUUCGCAAGAAGGAACAACUGAACACUUUCUAUUUUUUCUUUUAAUGAAGAUCUUAUUAAGUUAACGCGAAUAACAGACCCACCGUGAUCGUUACAUUCCCUACAUGGAUUGAAUGAUAUCAUCUUUAUAAAACAUUAAUUUGGUAUAAGGAUUUGGUUAAGACUGACGAAAUCGCGCGCGCUAAUUGUGUAGCAGAAGUUUUAUAUCGAAUUCGGUUGCUCGCAUUAGUGCGCACUACAGUCCAUUCCUAAGGAUCGCCUGAAAUACCUCUUGAAACAUUUCUUAGAGAAUAAAAUGAUUUGUACAGCAUCUGUACGGAUCAUUAUUUGGCUUAAUAGUUUAUGAAUAUAUAUAUUUAAAAAAUUUACAUAUAAGAAUUAAUUAUAAACAACUCUUAGUGUGCACUUGGUGCGCACUAGUGCAAGCAACCGAAUUCGCUGUUAGUUAUAUUCUCCUCUCGAUUCAAUAGAUUAUUCUAUAGACACGCAAUUAAAAUACGAUCAACAAGUAGCGAGUCAAAUUGCUGAAUUUAUUUUGAUCCGGCUAUUCUGCAGAAUUGCAGAAGUAAACCCGAAAUUAUCUCGGUCACAGACUGUAAAUAAUUACACGUUAUUCUAUAGACAAGCUAUUGUAUAAACUGAUUUAUACUAUCUGCGUCAAAACAUACAAUUAAUGCUGUGAUUGAACGCAAACGAACGAAAAGAUAAAAGAAAGGAUGCAAAAUGCUUUACAAUAAGCAUGCGGUGCUGCGAUAAAUCCGAAUUUAUGUUUUGUUCGAGCAAAAAUAAAAUACGAUUUGUAUCUCUGUUAAAUUUAGACAUUUAGUUAUAUUAAUAUUUAAGGCGCACGAUAUAUACAAUUUAUACAACGAAUUACGUCAAUAUUUAGAUAUAUAUAUAUACAUAUACAGGGUAAAUCAUCUCCUAUGCUAAAAGGUUGGUGCAACCACUCUGAUUCACCCUGUAUAUAUAUGUAUACAUGUACAAACUAUAUAUGUAAUGUAUAAUAUACUAUCGCAGAUCUAAUGUGUAUAAUACGCUAUUCUUGUACCGCAGAAUAUCGGCGUGUCUUGAGAUAUCGUUACCGUGCGGAUUCGCUGUUCUGUUCAGAUAGAUAUUUAGAUAGUGUUGCAACACAACGUCGAGAUAAUGUUAUGCUUCCUCGUGCGAAGUACAUGUAUACAAUGGGAUCAAAAUGUAAAAUUAUCUCGCUUAUAUAAUUAGUAGAAUCCACCAAUUAUGUUAUAUAUUUGUUAACAAUUUUUAUGACUUGUUACCAUUGCGCAACAUACACCACAGUCCAAAGUUACGUAGGUUAUUGUUUAUCGUUCUACCUGUAAUGCUUUGCAAGAUAAGUUGUGUGACAAAAUUUGUGAUAUACUCGGAGUUAUCUUAUUUGUAUUUGUAUAAAAAAAACAACCGUUUAUAAGUGCCAAUAAUUUAGGCUAAGCGUUAUGUAUCCAGCCUGAGAGUCGCGAUGUUAUCGACAUUAAUGUGACUUUAGAUAAGUGCAAUCAGAAUGUGAAAGUGUAUUGUAUGUUUCAUGUCCAAAUACAUUGGCCGUGUUUCACUGGACAUUUUAUACUGUAUUUUAAUAAAAUGUUUCUAUACUA